AUGGCAUUGAUGGAGGAGUAUAUCUCUGUGGUAAUAAAAAAGAUGCCCAAGAAGCUUAAGGACCUAGAGAAUUUCACCCUCCCCAUACAGAUUGGUGAUAGUGAAAUAGUCUAUGUCUUCAGUAAUUUAAGAACGAGUAAAAAUUUGAUGCCUCUAACUAUGUUCAACACUCUUGGGUUGGGUGAGUCGAGACCAUGCUCUUUGAUGAUCCAAUUGGAAGACAUGACCAUAGAUAAGCCUAAAGGAAUAAUUAAAGAUGUGCUCAUAAAGGUUGGUAAGUUUUUACUUCCUGCUGAUUUUAUUGUUUUGGAUUAUGAUGUAGAUAAUAGGGUACCAAUCAUUCUGGUACAUCCAUUCUUAUCCAUGGAAGGAGCGUUGAUAAACAUAAGAGAGGGCACUCUCACAAUGAGAUUGAAUGAUGAGAAGGUAGUUUUCAAAGUUUAUAAGUCACUGAAUCUACCUUCCCACUACAAAUAUUUUUGUAAGAUUACAGUGAUGGAAGUGGAUAAGUAUGGAGUGGUAGAAAGUGCAUCGCUAAAGACCUCUUCGGACAGUUUUAUUGAGUUGCUUGAGCCACCACCUAAGACCGAAGUGAUGAUGAUUGAUAAGCAUAAAAAUGCUAUUGUUGAGAAAGAUAUUGACCUUCAGAGUACACACUUAAGAGAUCAAAAAUAA